AUGCGCCUGUCCCUGGGAGCCGAGAUGUGGGGGCCUGAGGCCUGGCUACUGCUGCUGCUCCUGACAUCAUUUACAGGCUGGUGCUCGGCAGGUGAGCUGGAGUCGUCGGAUCUGGUGACUGUGGUGUUGGGCCAGGAUGCAAAGCUGCCCUGCCUCUACCGCGGAAAUCCUGACGAGCAGGUGGAGCAGGUGGCUUGGGUUCGGGUGGACGUGGCGAAAGACGCCGGUCAGCUGGCGAUACUGAACUCCAAAUACGGGCUGCACGUGAGCUCGCCCUACGAGGGCCGCGUUGAACAGCCACCGCCCCCACGGGACCCCCUGGACGGCGCCGUGCUCCUGCGCAACGCUGUUCAGGCCGAUGAGGGCGAGUAUGAGUGCCGCGUCAGCACCUUCCCCGCCGGCAGCUUCCAGGCGCGGCUGCGGCUCCGUGUGCUGGUGCCUCCCCUGCCCUCGCUGAAUCCUGGUCCAGCACUAGAAGAGGGCCAGGGCUUGACCCUGGCAGCCUCCUGCACAGCCGAGGGCAGCCCAGCCCCUAGUGUGACCUGGGACACAGAGGUCAAGGGCACGGCCACUAGCCGCUCCUUCAAGCACUCCCGCUCUGCCGCUAUCACUUCGGAGUUCCACUUGGUGCCCAGCCGCAGCAUGAAUGGGCAACCACUUACCUGCGUGGUGUCCCACCCUGGCCUGCUCCAGGACCAAAGGAUCACCCACAUUCUCAAAGUGGCCUUUCUCACUGAGGCCUCUGUGAGGGGCCUUGAAGACCAAAAGCAGUGGCAUGUUGGCAGAGAAGGAGCUAUGCUCAAGUGCAUGAGUGAAGGGCAGCCCCCUCCCUCAUACAACUGGACUCGGCUGGAUGGGCCCAUGCCCAGUGGGGUCCGAGUGGAAGGGGCCACCCUGAGCUUUCCCCGGCUGACCACUGAGCACAGUGGCACCUACGUUUGCCGUGUCAGCAAUGAGCUUUCCUCGAGGGAUUCUCAGGUCGAUGUGGAUGUUCUUGACCUUCGGGAUGCCAGUGUGAGGGAGGUGGACCUGGUAUCUGCCUCGGUGGUGGCAGUGGGGGUGAUCGCCGCACUCCUGUUCUGCCUUCUGGUGGUGGUGGUGGUGCUCAUGUCCCGAUACCAUCGGCGCAAGGCCCGGCAGAUGACCCAGAAAUAUGAGGAAGAGCUGACCCUAACCAGGGAGAACUCUGUCCGAAGGUUGCAUUCUCAUAACGCGGACCCCAGGAGCCAGAGUGAAGAGCCAGAGGGCCGUAGUUACUCCACGCUGACCACGGUGAGGGAGAUUGAAACACAGACGGAACUGCUGUCUCCAGGCUCUGGGCGGGCAGAGGACGAAGAAGAUCAGGAUGAAGGCAUCAAACAGGCCAUGAACCAUUUUGUUCAGGAGAAUGGGACCCUUCGGGCCAAGCCCACGGGCAACGGCAUCUACAUCAAUGGACGGGGGCACCUGGUCUGACCCAGGCCUGCCUCCCUCCCCUAGGCCUGCUCUUCUGCUGACAUGGGGGAUUUCAGCUCAUCUUAGGGGGCUCUUAAAUGCUUCUAUUUCUUGAGGAAGAUGCUCCCACCCCAAUGACUGCUCAACCUUUUCCUCCAACCCUUUGUCCCAGGUUGGGGGGGCUCCACUGGCUGAGUCCCUCCCACGAGUGUGCAGGUCACUGCGUGUGCAUUUGUGCUUGUGUGAGUGUUGCUGGCUGUGAGUGUCCAGAAGGGUGACUGUGUCCUGAGUGUGUGCACGUCAUGGUGUGGCCCUGCUUGCUACCAGGUCAGAGUCCGAGUGAACCGUGGUGUGUGCGUGUGCCCCAGGAUCGGGGUGACUGUGUGGGGAACGAUGUUGGGGGUUUGUGUGUCGUGUGGCUGUGUGUGACCUCCGCCUGUGAAUGCAGGUAUUUUCCUCACACCCUAGAGCAGUAUUAGUGAUGCAGAGGUUGGAGGUGAGAGAUUGAGACUGGGGGCCAGAUCCAGAUGUGCAGGCAUAGCUGGGCUGGAAUCUAGCCUCCUGGGUGGGGGGAGCCAGGCCACCCCGACCUGGGAGCGGUCAGGGAAAGUGUGAAGCAGCCAGCUGGCCUUGGGUUCUACCAGAAGCUCCAACUGUUAACAGUCGAAGCCCUCUGCCCUCUGGUGGCCUCUGGGCCAGCUGUGUGUACAGAUUUUCUGUAAAUAUACCCGCACAUGGGGAGCUUCUUCAAGGAAUACUGUUACAGAUCCUUUAAUAACGGAAAAAAACAUUUGGGAAAAAAGCUUUUGGUUCAUCUGGACAUUUGUUGCUGGAAUUGUUAACAAUUGUUUACAACUCUGUGCUGGAAUUCAACAAAACUAGACCUCGCUCGGACUCCAUCCUGAGGGGUCAAUUCUUGCGGCUCUGAAAGGUGCUCCUUCUGAGGUACGUUCAUCUAGGCAGCGCCUUGGAGGCAGCCUGAGGAGGGGCUGCUGUGUGAAUUAGGAGGGCGAGCCUCCACGGUUACUGGCUAAGGGAGGACAGGGCAGGGUCCUUGGCCCUAGUAGCCCUUCAACUCUUUCCCUUGCCUUGUCUUUAUUUUAGCUAUAGCCACAGUUGUUUGUGGUCCUCUGAGGAGUUGCUGGGGCUUGGUGACAGGGCUCCUGGUUCAGCUGUGGUGUAGGGAAGAGAGGGUAUUGAUUACAGACCAAGGGAU